GAUUGUUACAAAAUAAUUUUACUUGCAUAAGGCAACCAUUCUGGAAGUUGCCAAAACUGGCGUUCAAACGCAGGCACGCGUUCAUCUGGCAUCCCUAGAUGGAAGGAAAACAACUGCACUGCUGAGCGUGAAAACAUUUGUCCCAUCUCUCUGUAUUUGAUCAGGUGGCGCUUCGAUCUAGAACAUUGCCAGCUUGGGCCAUAUAACGAACAGACGAAAACUGUUCCCGUGUUUUAGACGCUACCAUCAGAAACCUGAGUAACAGAGCGUGACGAUGAAGUGCUUACUACUGCUGCUGAUUGUUUGUGUGGUGGCCUCCUGUGGCUCGGCUCAGAGGAUAGUUCCAAACAGGGAUGUUUUGGCCUGUACCCGCCACAUGAAAUGCGGGCCGAAUGAGGUCUACUACUGCUGCGGAAUGUGCUUCGAGCUGACCUGUGAUAAUAUGUCCCGCAACAGAUACUGUAAUGAACGGUGCUACAAAGGAUGCUACUGCGCUGACGGAUACACGCGUCGAUGGGCGGACGGAGGCUGCGUGCGCGAUGCGCAAUGCGCAUCUGGUCGAAAAUAAUUGUAAACGCACGGAACACAUAACGCCCUAAAACUGGCGGAAAUGAUGACAACUAAAGAAUUGUUUCUUACGUAGGAAAGACAUUGUGAUUGAUCAUAGAUGAAAUAAGAAUAAAAAUCUGCACUUUGGAAAACGA